GUGGCAGUGAGGGGCGCGCUGUUCAUGGCCGCGGGGAUGAGCUCAGACGUGCCCGACCCGGUGGCUCUGACAGCCCCGAGCAACCCGCCCACACCAGGCCCCGGGCAGCUGAGGGUGAUAGGAGCGGUGCCUGCCCGCGGAGGGAAGCGACGGUCGGGACUGGAUUUUGACGAUGAAGAUGGAGAAGGGCCUAGCAAAUUUUCAAGGUAUGCUGAUCAGACUCCAUGAUGAAAAGUAUGCAAGAGAGAAUCACAGUGAAAUUGAAAGAAGACGUCGAAACAAGAUGACUGCUUAUAUCACAGAGUUGUCUGACAUGGUACCAACAUGUAGUGCUUUAGCACGCAAACCUGAUAAACUGACGAUUCUUCGCAUGGCUGUCUCUCAUAUGAAGUCUUUAAGGGGAACAGGAAAUACUUCGACUGACGGUGCCUAUAAGCCUUCGUUCCUAACAGAGAAGGAAUUGAAGCAUCUUAUUUUGGAGGCAGCAGAUGGAUUCCUUUUUGUAGCUGCAUCUGAGACCGGAAGAGUCAUCUAUGUAUCGGACUCUGUUACACCCGUUUUAAACUAUCCACAGGCUGAAUGGUUUGGAAGCACUUUGUAUGAACAAGUUCAUCCAGAUGAUAUUGACAAGCUCAGGGAGCAAUUGUCUACAUCAGAAAGUUCAAUGACUGGUCGUAUUCUGGAUCUCAAAACUGGGACAGUUAAAAAGGAAGGGCAGCAAUCUUCCAUGAGAAUGUGCAUGGGAUCUAGGCGUUCCUUUAUUUGUAGAAUGAGGUAUGGAACAGCUCCUCUGGAACACCUUUCAUUAAGUCGACUGACUGUUCUUCGAAAAAGAUACAGGAAUGGCUUGGGACCUGUGAAGGAAGGAGAGUCGCAGUACUCAGUGGUACAUUGCACUGGAUAUAUCAAGGCCUGGCCACCUGCAGGAAUGACGAUUCCAGAGGAGGACUCGGAUGGUGGACAAAGCAGUAAAUUUUGCCUCGUUGCAAUUGGACGCCUUCAGGUCACCAGUUCACCGGUGUGCAUGGAUAUGAAUGGCCACGCCAUCCCCACAGAGUUCUUGUCCAGACAUAAUUCCGAUGGACUCUUCACGUUUGUGGAUCACAGAUGCAUCACUGUCAUUGGCUAUCAACCACAGGAGCUUCUGGGAAAGGAUAUCGUAGACUUUUGCCAUCCUGAAGAUCAAACCCAUGUGCGGGACAGUUUUCAACAGGUUGUGAAAUUGAAAGGGCAAGUCCUAUCAGUGAUGUACCGUUUCCGAACAAAAGGCAGAGAAUGGUUAUGGAUACGGACAAGCAGUUUUACUUUCCAGAAUCCUUACUCGGAUGAAAUUGAAUAUAUAAUCUGCACCAAUACAAAUGUAAAGCAACUUCAGCAACAACAACAAGCUGAACUAGAAGUUGGUCCUAGGGAAGGUCUACCUUCCUAUGACCCUUCCCAGGUCCCCGUUUCAUCUGUAUCUGCUGGUGUUCAAGAUCACGGGAAAUCAAUGGACAAAACGGACCCAUUGUUUUCACAAGACAGAGACCCCAGGUUCACUGAUAUCUACACUGGCAUUUCACCUGGUGAAAAAAAGCCAAUGUCAUCACCGUCAGCUGCAGGAAGCCAACAGAUCUACUCACAAGGAAGUUCAUUCCAGCCAGGACGUGCAGGACAAACAUUCAGCACUUCAAUGGUACCUGGUGGAAACAUCAUUCAGCAAACGUCCUCGGCAGGUCAAAUUUUAGCUCAGAUAUCACGCCAGUCUAAUGCUAACCAGGUCCCUGCAACAUCCUGGACUGGAAGUCGACCACCUUUCUCAGGGCAGCAAGUGGCCUCCCAAUCCAGUAAAGGACAGUCACCACCUUUUGCCAUGGGAUCAAGUCAUAGUUUUCCUGCAGACCCAGCUACCUUCAGUCCCCUUUCCAGUCCUGUGUCCACAUCUUCACCUGGAGGACCUUCUUAUACCAGUCUGGCAAAUCGAUCCACUAAUUUUGCUGAGAGUGGACAAAGUAGUGGGCAGUUCCAGGGAAGAUCCUCCGAGGGCUCGGCGGUAUGGUCUCAGUGGCAAGCCCAGCAUCACAAUCAACAGGCCAGUGAGCAGCACACACACCAACAACAAGCGCAACCUGAGGUCUUUCAGGAUAUGUUGUCCAUGCUCGGAGAUCCAACACAGGGGACUGGAAAUUACAACAAUGAGGACUUUGCUGACCUAAGCAUGUUCCCGUCAUUUUCUGAAUAAAUAGUUCAAUAAAUCUGCAUCUGCUCAGCAAAAAGUGAGCACUUAAACAAAGUAAAGAUCUUUGGUUUAGGGACUAGUUUACAAAAACUUGAGCUACUUACAUAAAACCAAAUGGAAUUAAUUCGGUAAUAGUAACUAACGAUGUUGAACAUUCCAGGUAAGGAACUAUGGACUUGCAAUACAAUAAUGAAAUAUAAUGAAUAUCAUAACUAAGAUUUUCCCAAAUAUUGUAAGAUCAGCCCUUCUGUUACCCAGUGAGAAAAUGCCCUUAUAAGUUGACCAGUUCUCAUCAGUAAGAAGGUUAUUGCCCUGCGCUCGUAAUGUAAUGACAGUGAAACAAUUAGCAUUCACUAUCAUUAUUCUGUGUAAAUAACAAAUUUAGGAGUUCUGCAGAUGUUUUUAUAAACACAGAAAUCUAGAGGUUCUGUCAGUGAGUCAAGAGUGUUUUAUUGUCAUAUGUCCCAGAUAGAACAAUGAAAUUGUUAUUUGAUGUGCCACACCCAACAGAUGCACUGCAAUCUGACCCCACGUGGGUUUGUUGUAGGAGAGGAAAUUGAGUAUUUACAUGCCAGAAUUCUGUGCCUGAGCAAGGAUUUAAAAAGAGAUCAACUGUAUGACACCAAGGUAAAACUACGGUAAUUAAAAAAACAUAUAAAUUAAAAAUAUAUCUUUACAAGGUUUUAAAAACCUUUCAUGUCUUAAUUUAGAUUUCUUUUAAUGUUUAAAAGUGUUUAUUCUAGUUUUUAAUUUUCUAAUUUAUUUAAGUUCUUUUUUUUUCCUUUUAUAAUUUUCAAAGUUUUCAAAUAGCUUAAUCUUUUACGUGUUUUUGAAAGAUUUAAAAUUUGGACAGUGCUGACCAGGUCUGGGGAUGUAUCUUAGUGAACGGUCAAUUCUUAUUUUCAUUUUAUGGUCAGGGCUUCCUUUGCCCACCUAGUACGUAGAACAUUGAAUAGUACAGCACAGGAACAGACCCAUCGGCCCAUAAUGUCCAUGCUAAAUAUGUUGCCAAAUUAAACUAAUCUCCCUAGGUGACCCUAUGUCAUGGAAAGCCUUAACUUUUUAUGUCAUGGGAAGCCUUAAUCCUCCCAGUGGUUUCCAAAAAUUCCCAUUGGGAAGAUUGCUAGAGACAAGUUCUUAUGUUUUUGCUGUUGAUUGAUGGUUACCACUGACUGCACUGUCUGCCCAGUAUGCACGUCUGAAGCGUACGUCCUCUUUUAACCACUGCUAUGUAUUGCUGAAGAAAUGGGAAUCACAGUGUGAAGACAGAGUUCACAAGACAACAGAAGGAAAAUGAUAGUUUGAUCUUGCAGAAUGCAUAAGCCCUGUAGACAACAGUGACAACAUCAGGUAUACAGUGCAUUCAGAAAGUAUUCUGACCCCUUCACUUUUUCCACAUUUUGUUACGUGACAGCCUUAUUCUAAAAUGGAUUAAAUUCAUUUUUUUAUCAUCAAUCAACACACAA